UGUAAAUAGAUUCACAAUUCGCAGACAGUUUUCGUUGUUCGAAAUUCCCCUAAUUAGCAUAAAAGAAGUGAGUUACCCAUCUAGCAAUGAGCGGCUGAGCAAAACAACAUGGCGAGGCGGAGUUUCAGUUCCACCCUAAAAAGAGCGCAACACCCGGAUUGGUUAGGAGGGGCCCGCCUUCGAAAUGUUGUCAAAUAUUGGUCCACAAAUAGUGUGUUUGUUAUAUGUUUGGAUGCCCAGAUGGAUCCCUUCGUCAACGUAGUUACCUCAUUCUUCGGUAUACAGAAUGAGAGCCGAUGAUUAUUUUCAGUUCUUUAUCGUUGUCGUUACACAUACAUAGGCAUCGCGUUGUUGGCCGCUUUAGUUUCGGUUUUCUCAUGUGCAUUAGUCCUGUUGUAAGUUUACGUCGAUUGUGAAUAUGUGCAGCAACGAAUCUCCGACCAAUACACCGACUAGACUUCCGAUUCCUUUUUCCGCCAUGGACCCAAAUUCAGCACCAAGGGCGCUGUUGCCCUUAGAUCAAUACCGUCUGCAGCUGUACCAGUAUGCUUUUGCUGAAAGGUUACGUUAUCCUAUGCUGAAUCCAUUUCCGACGCCUUUGACUUGCUACCCCCUGUUUCCAAGGGCUCUGCAACCUGAAGAACCGAAACCUCAGCAUAGUUACAUUGGACUUAUAGCAAUGGCUAUCCUCAGUUCACCUGAAGCCAAGCUGGUUCUGUCAGACAUUUAUCAACACAUUCUGGAUCAUUAUCCUUACUUCAGAACAAGGGGACCAGGUUGGAGGAAUUCGAUAAGACAUAACUUAUCCUUGAAUGACUGUUUCAUCAAAGCUGGACGAAGUGCUAACGGCAAAGGACACUACUGGGCUGUGCAUCCAGCUAAUGUGGAAGAUUUCAGAAAGGGUGACUUCAGAAGACGUAAGGCUCAGAGGAAAGUUAGAAAACAUAUGGGUUUGGCUGUUGAUGAGGAUGGUGCUGAUUCUCCGAGUCCUCCGCCGCUGUCUGUAAGUCCCCAGAUGGUCCCAGGACCUUCUACUUCAGUUUAUAACAUCUCGUCGAAUAAAACAAGACCUCAUCGUAAAAGACAGUUUGAUGUUGAAUCAUUGCUAGCUCCUGAUUCUGGUGAAGAGACGAAUGAAGAGGAUAUCGAUGUGGUUUCUAGCUGUCAACACGAAACCCCGCAAAACCAGAAACCAUGUGCCAUGUUCCCGAUAGUCAACUAUUACCAAACGCUUCUCCAAACACGACCAGUGGUACCUAAACUUGAACCUCCAACGGAAACGGACAGUAAGAGGGCUGAAAGUCCGGAUACUGAAGUUUACUUGGAAUAAUUCUAAUUGAGAUCAAUCAUCGUUUUCCCAAGUCUUCUAUUUAGUCAACAGAAAACUACAACAUGCCUACAAAUUUUCAAAGUGGAAACCGUAAGAUCUUGUUUUUUACCUGUUAUUAGUAUUAGAAUCAGUGUUCAACUACUGUUUAGAAUAAACCUGUGUUAAUCUGCGAAAAUCCUCGUUUUCGAACCGACCUUCCGUUGAAGAUGUGUACUAAAAGUGUUUCUGUCAUAUGUAUCCUACUAACUUUCGAUGUGGAAAGCAUAUAAGUACCUAUAUACCUAAGUGGACUGAUAUUAGGAGCCGUAAUUUUUGUGAAUUUAAGGUAAUCUGACUCGAAUCUCUUCAAACUAGCGGAAUAAUGGCCUUUGUGAAUUUCCUUAGCGAUUCGAUGAGAAUUUCCCAUUUCCUGUUGUGUAAAUAUCAUUUUCUGUAUAAAUAUAUCACGUUUCAUGUAAACUUUUGUAUAUAAAAUUAUU